CACCUCUGCAGCAGUUAUUGUGCUGGCUCCGCUGCAGUGUCUGCUACUGCUGCCUGAGAAUGACUGACUGACUGACUGACUGAGUUUCCCGCCUCCACCAAUUUAAACGCAACUUUGUUGCUGCGGGACUCUGCAAACUUAACAGUCAAUUUCUGAGACCAGGAUGAAGUUUCUCUCAGUUUCGCGUGAGGCGGUUUUCUGGUGACUUGCUGCAACGUGUUCUGAGGCCCUGAGGUCUUGGGAGAAGAGGUUAAAUUUGGGAGGGGCGAAAAAACUGAGAAGACACAGCCGUCACUGAUCCCAAGGCCAUCAUCUUAGGAGUAGUUUGCCAGAAGCUUGUCCUCGGUGUAAGUUGAGCAAGGAGGACCUGUCAACAGGUGCCUAGUGAUAUGAGGGUUCGUGUGGCGAAACAGUUGCAUAUUGGCCUCAUGAGCUCCAUGGCCUCCGACAGGGCCUCCGCUGUGCUGGGAGUGAAGAGCCUUGGUAAGGAGACUUCGGCGAAUAAUGGAGAUGCUCUCAUAUCCGUGAACUACGGCUUGCCUGAGAACGAAUCCCCUCAGUUUUCAUUCGAGACUUCAGAGGGGGACUCGCCAUGCACAAAGUGCAGAAUGCGGAAGUCUUUGGAUACUAGGUCUAGAAGUUUGGAUUGCUUAGACGAGACCUACAGGUCCAAAAGCUGCAGCUGUGGGGCUGCAAGGCACGGGGAGGAAGGGUUGUACGUGUGCCAGAUGUGUGGCUUUUGCGAUCCAGUGGAAAGCGAAGAAGGCUGCCCGGAAAAUAGCUUUCCUCCUAGAAGCUGGGGAACGGUGCCCCAGCAGACGAAAGCAGAAGGGUUUUCUUCUGAUGUUACUUGCCUUGCUGGAGAGCGGCCAACAUUGAGUGGCUCGGAUGAUGAACUGUGCCAGAUGGAACUCGUAAUCGGCCAAAACACGGAGAGCCUGCCGUUCUGCGGGCUGGAUUUGAGGCGAAACAGUGUGCCUGUAUCCUCACCACAAGGGCCUCAAUGCACCAAUGGCUGCGGCACUGCCGUGAAUAACAAAAUGCGUGACAGAAUGGACUUUGUAUGUGCCGUGUGCCAUAAAAAUGGCUUCUCUAGUUUGGAAAGGCUCAACAGGAAAAGCAAACCCAUGUGCUCUCAGGACAGAUGCCUUAAGAGGUCCACGCCAUUCAGGUUGUCUGUACCUGACUGUAGUGACAGCGAGGGCUCUGUGUCCGAUAGCGAGUUUGUGCGUAACAAGAAAGAGCGCUCUACUGUCCUGGUCAGGAGGUACCUCAAGAACAACCAGAAGAUCAAAAAGACAGUGUGCACCGGCACCAGAGCUAUAGUGAGGACUCUACCCACCGGUUGCAUCUCUGACAGAGUCUGGGUGUCUGUUUGUGGGAAAACAUGCCACCUUGGUGAUGAGGCGAGAGGAUACAGCAGAGCUCUUCAGGCCAUCCAGCUGCAGGUUUCCAGGGCCCUUCUCACAUACCCAGGGGUCAGGUUUGCCGAGUGUUUGCCUCAUGCACAGUCUUUGCGUACACGUGCUGCAAGCGCACAGCCAAACACACAAAUGCACAAGCCAGGGAACUGAGAAAAGUGAUCGAAGAGGGCAUCCUGGGGUUUGUUGAGACGUCCCUAUGUGAAAUUCAACAGGAGAUUAUGAAGCGCUCGGGCCCCACCUCUCUCUGCCGUGUGCCAGAACAGCAUCAAGUCCUCCUAAGACAUCAGGGUCAUUGAAUGCUCCUUAACGGCCUGAACCUGCCUCCAGGCUUAC